AUGGAUCCCUCACAAUACUACAACAACUACAUGCGCGACCGAGAAGCCAACCUCCGCAAGGAAAGCGCACAACUCGAGGACUGCUAUGGACAAUACCUCGACAUCCGAACGGCGAAACUGCGAGAGCAGAAGGAGAUAUGGGAAGUGCUCGACAAAGUCACCGGCGAGCGUCUUGGUGUUGGCGAGCAACUGGAGGGCGCAUUGAUGGAGCAGAACGAGUGUCUCCAGCGUCAACACCUCGAGCUUCUUGAGCUUCGCGCACAGCUGCGGCUCGGUAGUGGGAGUUGGCCAGCUUCGCCGGGGUUGAUGAGGCGUAUUGGGCGACAGGUGCUGGUUGGAUUCCUGCUUCUCUCUCUGGUCUAUACCCUGAUGAUGUUGAACGUCAUGCUCAUCGGGGCGCUCGCGGCUGCAUGGCACAUUUUGACGCCGUCUUGGUGGGUGGUGGAUCCGUACCCGCCAAUUGACUCGGUGCUCUGGGCUGUUCUCUUCGUCUGCCAUCGCCGAAGUCGCUUGGUGGUGUUCGUGGCGUUUGGGAUUGCGCUUCUGGUGUUGAUCUCUGCGGGUAUGGUCUGGCAGGUGAUGGAGGUGGUGAGGAGCUGA